AUGAGCAAGGCUAGUCACGUAACUCUAAGCCUUUGGCCUAGAGCAGAACCAUUCACAUACGGCAUAUUUCAGGUUCAUCCUCAUCCACGACUAGCUGUUCAUAAUAUCAAAAAGCUUGUUUCCUAUGCGAAAACCAAAAGUAAAACUGGAUCACGAUUGAGUUAUUCGGUUUGGAAACACGUAGCAUGUAAUAAGCUUCAGCUGACUGAGGAUUUGGCUUGGGUCCUUUUCCAUACCUGUCUGACCAUGUCGGCGACACAAUAUGAGAAGCUGAAAGAUGUUGAUGAGAGGAUAUUUAAUGCAGCGAACGUAUCAGAUGCUGAGAGAAUUCGAGCUUCUCAGUCGGUUGAUUUGUUCACAUUUGUACUAUUUCUGUAUAUACAACAAAUUAACAAGAUAUCAUUACGGGCAUCAGCAGUUUCAGCGAGUGCUGAGUGGCCGGGUAGUUACAGUCGUUCAUCCGAGUUGGAUUCAGGCCGUUCAACUCCCAUCAGAUUAUGUCGCAAUCUAGAUGAGCAAUAUCAUUUCCAGUUUAUCAGUGAAAAUUUGAAUGAAAUUCUCGAUCUUCUUGUUGAACCUGAUAACCAUGGGGGAAAUAAUAUGGAUGCAACAUUGUCUGAGGGUGCUGUUGAAGCUUUGGAUCUUAUUUUGGAAGGAUCAGCCGAUAAAGGAAGGACUCUUAAUUCAUUUUCAGAACUUGCACAUAUAUCAACAAUUCUCCCUGCGACUGGUUAUUCCAAGGUUACACAUGCUUUCCAUUUACGUGGUCUCCUUUCGUGGAUUCGUUCAUGGUUAACACAAAACCCAUUUUCAGUUGAAAACUGUAUUCGAAACGGUCGACGUUUACAGUGGCGUCUUCCUCACCAAGUUGUUUUGGAUCAUGAAUCUGGUUUCAACAAUAGUCAGCAACAGUCACAAAAUGAUAUCAUAAAGCGUCAGAAGAUUGCGACGAACGCACACCAAGUUCCGCGAACUGGAGGUCAUAGUGGAAACAAAUUGGUUGUUAUGUCAAUGAUUUCUCGCCAAAUUAUUGCUCGCAGUUCUGCUACACUUGAUGCUGCAACGCUUAAAAUACAUCGUGCCCGUUGUAGUUAUUUAUAUCUGCUGUCACCUAUGAGGUCUGUUACAUUGGAUAAAUGUCGUAAGCUGACCAUUGUUUUAGGACCGAUUGAAAAUACUCUCCAACUUAACCAUUGUGAAGAUUGUCUGAUUAUUGCGGCCUGUCGUCGUGCUGUUUUAUCUUCUUGUCGUCGGUGCACUUUACACUUAUCUAUACAAUCUCAUCCAAUAUUGAUUCAACCUCCUAUUCCAAAUACAAGUGGAUCUAUGAUUGUUUCAAAUAUUCCUGGGAGUAAUGCAGGUACAUAUAAUUCUACCCCAGGUACCCCUACACCUGGCAGUGUAACACUUGUUGGCAAUGAAGAAAUCUUAUUAGCUCCCUUUCAUACAACGUAUAUGAAACUUGUAGAUCAUUUGAACAAGGUAAAUCUUAGUCCAAAAGUUAAUUAUUGGGAUCGUCCAUUUUUAUUGGGACAGGAUUCUAGUCGUCUAGACUUGCAUCAACAAACAUCCAGAGGUCGUUGCUGGGAUUUAUUACGACCCGCCCAUUUUUAUCCAUUUAACAUUCCACUCUUGCUAUCUACUCGAGGUGAAAGUAUGGAUCGCAACCCGGUUGGUGAAAAUUAUACCCGUUUUGGAGAAACUAUUCUUAGUGGUAAUCCUCAAACUACUAAUUGUUUAGACUUGAGUGCAUCACUUAUAACGAAUACCUCUAGAUACUUGGGCGAUUCAGAUGAAAGACGUUUAGAGAACUAUAUUUCUAUGGCCAAUAGCAUUUUACCGAUUCCAUUACCUACCGCUUACUUGAUUGCUUUAUAUGAAAGGGCUGGAGCUUAUCAGAAAUGGCCUCAACAUAUUACAAAUGCAAGGUUGACUCUUGAUCAACGCCAAAGUUUUAGCACUGUUGUGGAUCACAGAUUUCGACAAUGGUUGAUAGAAUCAGGCAAUUUGCGGCAGUUGCAACUUUUAGAGCUAAGCACUGGUCACGUCAAUUCAAUACCAUCUUCGAAUCCUACUUAUUCUACUGAUACAAAUGGUGCUCCUCUACCUGUUAGUUCUACUUUACAAAGCCAUGCAGAUCGAUCUGAUCAUGGGGUUCGUAGCUCUCAUACAGAUGGUCGUAUGGCCAAUUCUAUUCCCACUAAUUCAGACAAUGCAAAUCAGUUUACUACUGAAGAUGAUGAUGCCGAUGGUAUAUGA